AUGCUGUUGCUCGGUGUUCACCUCGUGGGCUGUGAGAUGGACUGUAGCAAUGCACCGUACUGGGGCACGGAGCCUCCUCUAAACACCCGGCGCUUCCAGCCUGUGUUUGCAGCUAUGCAGGCUGCUCUGGGUGCUGUAUCCCUGUAUCUAGUCAUCUCCCAUGGGAUUUCAAAUCAGGCUUACAAUCUUUUCACGGGUUUCUGGGUCCAGCUAUCGCAGCACGCAGCUGCAGCAUUGGUGGGUUCCCUUUGGUUUUCUUUUGUCUCUCUUUUUCUUACCCCAACCCUAUACCAAAUCCUUUCUGCUUCUGGUGCUUCGGGGAACAGUAGGAGCCAACCAAAGGUGUUUGCUUACGAUCACUGCUUUUGGUCUAUGGAUGAAUCUGUCAAAGAAAAAUAUGCAGGUCAAGAUGUUGUUUUCAAGUGCCUUGGAGAGAAUAUUCUUCAGAAUGCCUUUGAAGGCUAUAAUGCUUGCAUCUUUGCCUAUGGGCAAACUGGAUCUGGAAAAUCAUACACAAUGAUGGGCACUGCUGACCAGCCUGGAUUAAUCCCUAGACUUUGCAGUGGACUCUUUGAAAGAGCACAGAAAGAGGAAAAUGAAGAGCAAAGUUUCAAAGUGGAAGUAUCCUACAUGGAGAUAUACAAUGAGAAAGUCAGAGAUCUUCUUGACCCAAAAGGAAGCCGUCAGUCAUUAAAAGUUAGAGAACACAGCGUUUAUGGUCCUUAUGUAGAUGGCCUAUCCAAACUAGCUGUUGCAAGCUACAAGGACAUCGAGUCCUUGAUGUCCGAGGGCAACAAAUCUCGAACAGUGGCUGCAACCAACAUGAAUGAGGAGAGCAGUCGGUCCCAUGCAGUCUUCAAGAUUAUCCUCACCCACACGCUCUAUGAUGUACAAUCAGGGACAUCAGGUGAGAAGGUGGGCAAGCUGAGUCUGGUGGACUUAGCAGGUAGUGAAAGGGCAACUAAGACUGGUGCUGCGGGAGACAGGCUGAAAGAAGGAAGCAACAUUAACAAAUCCCUGACAACUCUUGGGCUGGUUAUUUCUGCCCUGGCAGAUCAGGCUGCUGGCAAGAACAAGAACAAAUUUGUUCCUUAUCGUGAUUCUGUGCUCACCUGGUUACUUAAAGAUAGCCUUGGUGGGAACAGCAAGACUGCCAUGGUAGCAACAGUAAGCCCAGCAGCAGACAACUAUGAUGAGACCCUUUCAACACUGAGGUACGCAGACCGGGCCAAGAACAUCGUUAAUCAUGCCGUGGUGAACGAAGACCCCAAUGCUCGCAUUAUUCGGGAGCUCCGUGAGGAAGUGGAGAAGCUGCGAGAACAGCUCACAAAAGCAGAGGCUAUGAAAUCUCCAGAAUUAAAAGAACGAUUGGAGGAAUCGGAAAAGUUGAUUCAGGAAAUGACUGUGACCUGGGAAGAAAAAUUAAGAAAAACAGAGGAGAUAGCACAG